AUGCACACUAUGUGGCCCAAUAUCAGUGCUGGCCCGUUUCUGCUGACUGGCUUCCCAGGACUGGAAGCAGCUCACCCUUGGAUCUCCAUCCCCUUCUUUGCCAUUUAUAUCUCUGUAAUUCUGGGCAAUGGCACACUCCUCUACCUCAUCAAGGAUGACCUCAAACUUCAUGAACCCAUGUACUAUUUUCUUGCUAUGCUGGCAGGCACAGACCUCACAGUUACGCUAACUACAAUGCCGACUGUAAUGGCAGUCUUAUGGUUGAAUCAGAGAGAGAUAAGACAUGGGGCCUGUUUCUUACAGGCCUACAUCAUUCACUCCCUUUCCAUUGUGGAGUCAGGGAUCUUGCUUGCCAUGUCUUAUGACCGCUUUGUUGCCAUUUGCACACCUCUGCAUUACAACUCUAUCCUUACUAAUUCCAGGGUUAUAAAGAUAGGACUCGGGGUAAUGCUGAGGGGCUUUUUAUCUCUUGUGCCCCCAAUUCUGCCUCUCUUUUGGUUCCCAUACUGCCGUUCUCAUGUUCUUUCUCACGCCUUCUGCCUCCACCAAGAUGUCAUGAAGCUUGCAUGUGCUGACAUUACCUUUAACCGUGUGUACCCAGUUGUUUUGGUUGCCUUGACUUUUUUUCUCGAUGCACUGAUUAUUUUCUUUUCCUAUGUCCUCAUUCUGAAGACUGUUAUGGGCAUCGCCUCUGGAGAGGACAGAGCAAAGGCUCUCAACACCUGCAUCUCCCACAUUAGCUGUGUCCUGGUCUUUUACAUCACUGUGAUUGGUCUGACCUUCAUCCACAGGUUUGGAAAGCAUGCCCCGCGUGUGGUGCAUAUAACCAUGAGCUAUGUCUACUUUCUCUUUCCUCCAUUUAUGAACCCCAUCAUUUACAGCAUCAAGACCAAGCAGAUUCAGAAGAGCAUCCUCCGUCUACUGUCUGUGUAA